AUGAGGAGAUUUUAUAAAUCUCAGAGAGUUACUACCGACAGAAAGAUCUCAGAGAGUUACUACCGACAGAAAGAUCUCAGAGAGUUACUACCGAGAGAAAGAUCUCAGAGAGUUACUACCGAGAGAAAGAUCUCAGAGAGUUACUACCGAGAGAAAGAACUCAGAGAGUUACUACCGAGAGAAAGAUCUCAGACAGUUAUUACCGGGAGAAAGAUCUCAGAGAGUUACUACCGGGAGAAAGAACUCAGAGAGUUACUACCGAGAGAAAGAUCUCAGGGAGUUACUACCGGGAGAAAGAACUCAGAGAGUUACUACCGAGAGAAAGAACUCAGACAGUUACUACCGGGAGAAAGAUCUCAGAGAGUUACUACCGGGAGAAAAAUCUCAGAGAGUCACUACAGAGAGAAAGAUCUCAAAGAGUUACUACCGAGAGAAAAAUCUCAGAGAGUUACUACCGGGAGAAAGAUCUCAGAGAGUUACUACCGGGAGAAAUAUCUCAGAGAGUUACUACCGGGAGAAAGAUCUCAGAGAGUUUCUACCGGGAGAAAGAUCUCAGACAGUUACUACCGAGAGAAAGAACUCAGACAGUUACUACCGGGAGAAAGAUCUCAGACAGUUACUACCGGGAGAAAGAUCUCAGAGAGUUACUACCGAGAGAAAGAACUCAGACAGUUACUACCGGGAGAAAGAUCUCAGAGAGUUACUACCGGGAGAAAGAUCUCAGAGAGUUACUACCAGGAGAAAGAUCUCAGAGAGUUACUACCGGGAGAAAGAUCUCAGAGAGUUACUACCGGGAGAAAGAUCUCCGAGAGUUACUACCGACAGAAAUAUCUCAGAGAGUUACUACCGAGAGAAAGAACUCAGAGAGUUACUACCGGGAGAAAGAUCUCAGAGAGUUACUACCGAGAGAAAGAUCUCAGAGAGUUACUACCGGGAGAAAGAUCUCAGACAGUUACUACCGGGAGAAAGAUCUCAGAGAGUUACUACCGGGAGAAAAAUCUCAGAGAGUCACUACCGAGAGAAAGAUCUCAGAGAGUUACUACCGAGAGAAAAAUCUCAGGGAGUUACUACCGGGAGAAAGAUCUCAGAGAGUUUCUACCGGGAGAAAGAUCUCAGAGAGUUACUACCGAGAGAAAGAACUCAGACAGUUACUACCGGGAGAAAGAUCUCAGACAGUUACUACCGGGAGAAAGAUCUCAGAGAGUUACUACCGAGAGAAAGAUCUCAGAGAGUUACUACCGGGAGAAAGAUCUCAGAGAGUUAUUUCCGGGAGAAAGAUCUCAGAGAGUUACUACCGACAGAAAGAUCUCAGAGAGUUACUACCGAGAGAAAGAACUCAGAGAGUUACUACCGAGAGAAAGAUCUCAGAGAGUUACUACCGGGAGAAAGAUCUCAGACAGUUACUACCGGGAGAAAGAUAUCAGAGAGUUACUACCGGGAGAAAAAUCUCAGAGAGUCACUACCGAGAGAAAGAUCUCAGAGAGUUACUACCGAGAGAAAAAUCUCAGAGAGUUACUACCGAGAGAAAGAUCUCAGAGAGUUACUACCGUGAGAAAGAUCUCAGAGAGUUACUACCGAGAGAAAGAAAGAUCUCAGACAGUUACUACCGGGAGAAAGAUCUCAGAGAGUUACUACCGGGAGAAAGAUCUCAGAGAGUUACUACCGGGAGAAAGAUCUAAGAGAGUUAUUUCCGGGAGAAAGAUCUCAGAGAGUUACUACCGGGAGAAAAAUCUGCCUUAA